AUGGCGCCAUUGGUGCAGUUACAGAGGCUGGCUGGCGGUGAUGAUGGUGCUGCUGUAGCUGUUCUUGUUGUUUUUGCCUUUCCAGAAGUGCUUGACGGUGCUGUUGUUGCCUUCGACAACCAUCCUCCCGAUGUCUACUCUUAUUAG